AUGGUCAAGUUCUUCCCCUCCAUUCCCCCCGACCUGCACGCCUGGAUCCUUCGCCAGCCCGUCUUCUUCGUCGCCUCCGCCCCACUGACCGGCAAGCACAUCAACGUCUCGCCCAAGGGCCUGCCCGCCUCCUCGCUCUCCCUGCUCUCCCCCAACGAGGCCGCCUACAUCGACUCCACCGGCUCCGGCAACGAGACCAUCAGCCAUGUCCGCGAGAAUGCCCGCUGCACCGUCAUGUUGUGCUCCUUCGACGCCAGCCCGCGCAUCCUGCGUCUCUUCUGCCGCGCCGACGUCGUCGAGUGGAACGAGUCCCUCUUCCGCGGCCUCAUCGCCCGCAUGGGUCUGCAGGACAAGUGCCUCGACGGCAUCCGCGCCGUCGUCCGCCUGCACGUCUUCAAGGUCCAAACCUCCUGCGGCUACGGCGUCCCCCGCCUCGCCCUCACCACCAACCCCAAGACCAACGAGCCCACGCCCUACCUCCAGGAUCGAUCCACGCUCGGCCACUGGGCCUCCGUCGCCGUCUCAAAGAACGAGAUGCACGACUACCAGCGCGAUAACAACUACGACAGCCUCGACGGCCUGCCCGGCCUCAAGUCCGCCAUGAUCGACCGCGGCCAGAGCUCCUGGGCCGUGAAUGCCGGCAUCUGGCUGCGCCGGUGGCGCCGAGAGACCGAGCUGCUCAGCACCACGCUGCUGUCGGUGGUUCUGACAGUCUUGUCCAUGACAAAACUCCGAUUUACGCGGUUUCUCUGCGGGUUGUGUAUUCAAAAUAGAGAUAACUACCGAUCUUCCGGUACUACAUGUUCCUACGUUGUGUACUGCAUGCAAGCCUGGUCCCCAAGCCGGCGUUGCAUUUCUUGUCGCUCGGAAAGCGAACCCCAUGUCUCCGCCGCUGAACUCAAUCGUGCCGUCACCCCACGGCUCCACCGGCAAAAGAAUCGCUUUCGACAACCCGCCUGGGCGUCUGCACGUCGGGAAGACCCGAGGCAAGCGCAAUGGGGUCGUCUGGAGGAGGCCCUUAAAUUCUGCCUGCGAUUCAUACCGAUCCAUGCGGUCAUCGCUCGAGCUAAGGCGCACUCCACCUGCAGUGCCGAGAUAACCUCGGUCUGGACAAGCUAUUUAGUUCACUCUUUAACCCUCAGCGUAUCAGAAGUCGAGGUGCGGCAUAAUCCAGCCGUCUCACUCGCUGCACGUUCCCUAGUUUUGCAUCCACACGAUGUCUCUCCAGAAGAAAAGGCCUAUUCGGAUCGCAGGCAAGCUGCACUGCACCGUUGGGCAACGUCACCUGUUAACCGAUUCAUAGGAGCAUCCGGCUCAGCAUCCGACCGCCGCCAUGCGAUGGCCGAAUUUGCGCGUAAUUACCCCCAGGACCCUGUGGAUGUCAUCAUUUCGGAUUACAUGAGCGAAUACAACAUGGCCGUUGCCGCUGCUCGAAAGGUAGACCAGACAAGCCCGUCAGCCGCAGAAGCCGGUCUGAUCAAUGUCUCUGGUGGCCCGGCGUACGAGCGCUCGUUCUUGGAGGCGCUUGAGCCGGCAUUGGAAGACAUAGCAAAACACAAGAUCAAGGUUGCUGUCAAUGCUGGUGUAACAGACCCCAAAGCACUUUACGAUGUUGUGAUCAACAUGGUGAAAGAAAGGGGCGUGGACUUGAAGGUUGCCUGGAUAUCUGGCGAUGAAGUGCUUCCUACCAUAAAAGAAUCCCUGGCUGCCGGUAAAUCAACAUUUAAGAAUAUUUACACAGGCGAAACGCUUGACAGUUGGUCUUUUGAGCCCAUCUAUGCUCAAGCUUAUCUGGGCGGACUCGGAAUAACGGCUGCAUUAACCCACGGUGCUGACAUCGUGCUUUGCGGGCGCGUUGCUGACGCGUCGCCAGUCAUCGGCGCUGCCUGUUGGUGGCACAAUUGGUCCAGGUCUGACCUCGACCAGCUGGCCAAUGCCUUUGUUGCCGGGCAUCUGAUUGAGUGCAGCAAUUAUGUCUGUGGCGGGAACUUCACUGGCUUUAAAGAGCUUGAAAAUACUGUAGGAGACGGCUGGACCAAUAUCGGCUAUCCUAUCGCUGAGAUAUCGUCCGAAGGGCAGGUGAUCAUCACGAAACAGUCUUAUUCCACUGGCGGAGCUGUGACUAUCGAUACCUGCUCGUCACAGCUGUUAUAUGAAAUACAAGGCCCCAUCUACUUCAACUCAGAUGUGACUGCUAUCCUCUCAGAUAUCCAUUUUGAGCAGAUAGGUCAUAACCGUGUAGCUGUCAAAGGUAUUAAGUCGGCUCUUCCUCCACCAACUACCAAAGUCGGCAUCACUGCCAGAGGCGGUUAUCAAGCAGAGGUCACCUACUUUAUGGUAGGACUGGAUAUACCUGCCAAGGCGAGAAUGCUCGAGGCCCAAAUAAGGCGACUCCUUGCCCCUUAUUCCAAAAAUUUCACCGUCUUCGACUUUUCCACCAUAGGUAUUUGCCCCGAUGACCCGAAGGACCAGAAUAGUGCGACAGCUACAUUCCGGAUACUUGCCCAAGCCCCCCGGGCGGAAGACCUUGCCCCUUCGAAAUUUGUGCGACAAGUGAUUGACAAUAUCAUGCAGUCUUAUCCCGGUGCAACAUUCCACCUAGAACUGCGUCCCGGGUUUCCAAAGCCUGUCUUUGAAUACUAUGUCACCCUCCUCCCGCAAUCAGAGGUAAACCACCAAGCCCAUCUUCCCUGGCUUAACAGGACUGUGGACAUUGCUCCUCCAACAGAGAGUAAGGUCUGGCCAGCCCAACAGCCUACGCAGCCUGUGACUGUACAACCAGCGGAUGUUCUUACGGACUUUGGUCCCACCGUACGUGCGCCCCUUGGCUACGUUGUGCAUGCUCGUUCGGGUGACAAAGGCUCCGAUGCGAAUUGCGGUUUCUGGGUUCGACAUGCGGACGAAUAUGCCUGGCUUCGUAGCUUAUUGUCGACAGAAAAGGCUCAGGAACUACUUGGUAAGGAGUGGAGGGAAGAUGGAAUGAUGAGUAUCGAGCGGUUUGAGCUACCACACCUGCAUGGUGUCCAUUUUCUAUUUAGGAACCUACUAGAUAGGGGUGUGGGUGUCACAAGAACCGUCGAUUUUUUAGGGAAGAAUGUCGCUGAAUAUCUAAGAGCAAGAUGGGUAGAUAUACCUAUGAAGUUUUUAGACCGGGGAAAGCUUUGA